GACCAAGUUCAACUCUGAGUGCUGAAGAAAUGGAGAGCUUUAAGGAUCUUCUGCAGAAGCUGCAGGAUGCCCAUGAGCGAGAAGUGGAAGCUUUGCAGGGGAAAGUCAAAGAGCUGUCCAACAAGAAGGGCUGCGACACAAAGCGUAUGGAGGAACUGUUCACCAGAAACCAACAGAUGAAAGAGCAACACAGAUUACUUACGGAGAACAUCAAGACACUGGAAAAUAGACUGAGAGCUGGGCUGUGUGACAGAUGCACAGUAACACAAGAAGUCGCCAAGCAAAGACAGCAGGAAUACGAAGCCUCACGGAUACAGAGCCUCCAGCACAUCUCCCUCCUCGCUGGAGAAAUGACCAACUUGAGAAAAGAGAAUCUUAAACUUAAAGAUGAUGUCGCCAAUUUAAGAGCAGCUCUUGGAAGUCGCAGCGAGCACUCCUUUAACAACAGCAACUCUGUCGACAUGAAACCAAAGAUGUCUCCUGACCUUUCGCCCUCUGGAGCCGUGGCCCUCGUCACCCCAACCAUCACUAGGUCCAACAGCCAGCCAGCAGAUGGGGAUGUAGGGAUAAAAACUGAGGCAGACCACAGGGGUGAAGAAACCGAAUGCAGGCUGUUGAAAGUCACAAACCGAAGCAGUUUUGAAGUAUACAAGCCGCGGUCAACUUCAGCAUCAUCUUCCUGGAAGACAGAACACAAGAUAACUCGAGGUGGCGAGAUGAGUGUUGAAGCACUUGGGCAACAUUCCUCCAUUCAUCCACCACCUUUUCACAAGAUGUCUUCUUCCUCACCAAGUGGAGAGGUGAAACCAAGCAGACCUGUGGUCCACGCUCCCAUUCCCUGUCAUCCCAAAGCGAUCAAGGGUGGCCCUCUCUCUCUGCCCUGGCCCCUAUCUGAAUGCUCAGACUGGCUUUCUGUGGCUGCUCCAGCAACCAGCCCAGUAUUGCAAACCUCUUCCAGCAGGCUUCAUUUGCCACGUUAUCCAAACUUGGUUGCGCCAAUCUCACCAGCCACCACCAGAAGACAUGGUUUUGGUCCUCCAUGGCAAAAGCAGAGUACCCCUCAGCCCCCUAAAGAACCAACAGUAGUGUUCACAUUCAGGAGGAUGCCAGAAAACACAGAGAAUGAAACUAAGCCCCCGGAGAAAAAGGAAAAGCCACCUCCCAAGGCUCAGAAAGUCUCUGAAGAGGAGCUUAGAGACAGCUGUGAUGGGCCUCUGGACCUUUCCGAUCGAGCAAAGUCUAAACCUAACCAACCUGCAAAUGAUGAUAGUCCCAUUGCCUUACAAUGUGAGGGAGGCAUACAGAGGAGCCCUGACAGAAAUGUGAAUACGCAGAAACCAGCAUCAUCACCUUCAGUCAUUGCCCUCCCUUCUUCUUCCUCUACAACAGCAGUCAAACAAGAACAAGAGCCAACCAAUGAUCAUAACCAAGAGGUAAAGGACCAGGAACAAAAUGAAGAGGGGAUUGAUAAAACAGAGCAAAGCAAUGGAAAAAAAGUUCCUGUCCUCACCCUGUCACUACGUCCAGCAGUGGUAAGGUUGGAGUCCAUUACAUCUGCGCUACAGCAAGAUACUAUAUCAUCAAAUGGCAAGAAAAAGUGCCCGUCUAUUGUGAGCCCAUGCGCGUCCUCUGCAUCGUCACAGUCCUCGUCUCCUGCAAACGAGGUAGAGAGCAGCCUGGAUGAGCAGGGAGGCAAGUGUGUGUCAGGUCAAGAGAUCAAGCAGGACUUCAAGAGGAAGAGACCACGUGUUGAGACCGAAACCGACAGAGACUCAGACACAAGCAAAAUCCAUCAGGAGAGAAGAAUCAAAAUUACAGUGAGAACUGAGGAGAGGAGCCCCAGCUAAAGAGGAGGAUGCUGCAUUGAUAUUACAUGCACAUGUUCACAUCAAUGAGUUGUGAACUCAUGGAGGCAGGACGAUAAACUGUAUUCACAGCACUGAAUUAAUCAAACCUUCCUACCUUCUGCAGCAGAAAGGAAGAGUUUUUCUGUAUAUUGUUAAUAUUUUAAAUGUGUAACGCCUAACCAGCUUUCCCUCUCCAGCUCUGCUUUUCUCUCACACAGAACAUGCUCAAAAUAUCUCAUGUAUAAUAUCUUCAUUUACAACUGUAUAUUAAAGUUAGUGUACAAACAUUAACUUUGACCAUCGGACUGUAGUUUCUAAGUGCCGCUAUGUCAACUGGUGAAAUAAGAAUAAGUAUGGUAAGAUUAAACAAAUACAAGUUGAAAGAACGUGAUAGGACCUUAUAACCAUCUGUGGUCUACAGGAAAUAGCAACUGCAGUGUCACAUUGCUUUCAUCUGUGGCCAUAUAUCGAUAAGUGACAUUAGUUGGUUGUUUAGUUAUUAUAACAAAUUAUUUUAAAGUUGUGUUUUGUGUGUUUGUAAGUGUUACUUUUUAGCAUUUAGACAAAGUUGUGUUAAAUAUACUAAGUCAAUAUUAGUUUUGUAUGGUAUGUUGUUGCAUCAUGCUGAAUGUGUAGCAGUUAAUAGUCAACAUAAAACCCAAACCCAUUUUUUGGCUCCAUCUUUUUUUUUAUUUUGAGACAAAACAAAUAUCCAGUGCCACAAAAGUACUUAGUUCCUUACAGAUUUCUUCUGUUCUUGCUGUUUUGUCACACUCAAAUCAUGGAAGAUUUUUUUUUUGCAUAUGACAGUUUUCAAAUGAUGAUUUCACUCAUGAAGGGUUCUCCAAACAAUCCUGGCCUUAUGUAGAAUAUAAUUUCCAGUCCUGGUUAAAUCAUGACUUAACUGUGAUUGAUCACUUUUCGGUUCAGUUUUACUUGCCACAUCCAGGUCCGAUUACUUAGUUGUAGAAUUAAGAAAUCACAUCACUACCGGUAGAAACUGUCUCAUAACAUGAAGAACACGAAAAUGUCUUCAAAACUAACACAUCAUACCCUGAUCUGCAGAAAGGAACUAGUGUUACUGGGCACAUUUUGUAUAAUGUUGAAAAUGUGAUCUAAAUAAAAAAUAAAAACUUAACAGCUU